UGCAGUCAGUGACAGGGAGGGACAGUCACGGGUCCAGAGCCGCUGCACCAUGAGCGUGUCUGCACUGAGCCCCACCUGGCUCCCGGGUAGCCUCUCCGGGCUCCUCCAAGCAGCGGCCCUGCUGGGCCUGCUCCUGCUGCUGCUCAAGGCAGCUCAGCUCUACCUGCGCCGCCAGUGGCUGCUCAGAGCCCUCCAGCAGUUCCCGUGCCCGCCCUCUCACUGGCUCCUGGGGCACAGCGGAGAGUUUCCAAUAGAUUUGGAGCUGCAGCAGCUGCUGAAGCGAGUGGAGAAGUUUCCAAGCGCCUGUCCUCGCUGGCUGUGGGGGAGUGAGCUGUUUCUCAUUGUUUACGACCCUGACUACAUGAAGACGAUUCUGGGGCGAUCAGACCCAAAGGCUCGUGUGUCCUACAGCUUCCUGGCUCCCUGGAUUGGGUACGGCUUGCUGCUUUUGGAAGGGCAGACGUGGUUCCAGCACCGACGCAUGCUCACCCCAGCCUUCCACUACGACAUCCUGAAGCCCUACGUGGGGCUCAUGGUGGACUCUGUCCAAGUGAUGCUGGACAAACUGGAGAAGCUCGCCCGUGAGGACACGCCUCUGGAGAUGUAUGAACACGUCUCCCUGAUGACCCUGGACACCAUCAUGAAGUGCGCCUUCAGCCACCAGGGCAACGUCCAGCUGGACAGCAGGACCUCCAAAUCCUACAUCCAGGCUGUCAGGGAGCUCAGCGACUUGGCGUUGCAGCGGGUGAGGAACGUCUUUCACCAGAGCGACUUCCUCUACAGGCUGAGCCCUGAAGGCCGCUUGGCCCACCGUGCCUGCCAGCUCGCCCACGAGCACACAGACCGAGUGAUCAAGCAGAGGAAGGCUCAGCUGCAGCAGGAGGGGGAGCUGGAGAAGGUCAGCAGGAAGAGGCGCUUGGAUUUCCUAGAUGUCCUCCUCUUUGCCAAGAUGGAGAACGGGAGCAGCCUGUCCGACCAGGACCUCCGCGCCGAGGUGGACACGUUCAUGUUCGAGGGCCAUGAUACCACAGCCAGUGGCAUCUCCUGGAUCUUCUAUGCUCUGGCCAUGCACCCCGAGCAUCAGCACCGGUGCCGCGAGGAGAUCCAGGGCCUCCUGGGGGAUGGAGCCUCCAUCACCUGGGAGCACCUGGACCAGAUGCCCUACACCACCAUGUGCAUCAAGGAGGCGCUGAGACUCUACCCACCGGUGCCAGGUGUCGGCAGAGAGCUCAGCUCGCCCAUCACCUUCCCUGAUGGACGCUCCCUGCCCAAGGGUAUCAUAAUCACACUCUCCAUCUAUGGCCUGCAUCACAACCCGAAGGUGUGGCCAAACCCAGAGGUGUUCGACCCUUCCCGCUUCGCACCGGGUUCUGCUCGCCACAGCCACGCUUUCCUGCCCUUCUCAGGAGGAUCGAGGAACUGCAUCGGGAAACAAUUUGCCAUGAACGAGCUGAAGGUGGCCGUGGCUCUGACCCUGCUGCGCUUCGAGCUGCUGCCGGAUCCCACCAGAGUCCCCAUCCCCAUAACAAGACUUGUGCUGAAGUCUAAGAAUGGGAUUCACCUGCGUCUCAGGAAGCUCCACUAACCAUGCUGGGGACAAGAAUGGUCUGCCAGGCAUCCUCUCUUCCUGUCACCUGCCUGUGUCCCGCACUCUCUGUCUGUAUCUUGCUUUCUC